AUGGAUAUGCUCGAUGCACCUUUUGUCAAUCGCGAGUUCCCUUUGUUUGAUCCGGCAUUCGUGUCACCUGAGCUGUCGGGCAACAUUCCGACAUACUUCGAUCCGCCCUGCGCUGGCUCCCACAAUGACAACUCAGAGCCAUCGACCGCUCAUUCUGAUCUCUCUGUUCCAGGCCAAGAACGGUAUGUGGAAGCCGCGUUCGGCAUAGACAGCAAUGGGGUUGGGGAUUUCUGCGCCUGCAACUGCGGCGCCGGAUGCGCGUUUUCCCAGCCGUGGCAAGUGAGCUAUGAGUCUGUGGAAGGGAUAAUCUUCCAGAACGCAAUAACACAGCAUGACAUCGCUCACACUGCGUCGACAUUUGAGUCUUGGUCUCCCAUGGGUACUUCAGCCAGCUACUCUUCCGCGACGAGCCCUUCAGCACCAUGGGACGAGACAGGAAGAAACAGCUUCUCUACGAUCAUGCCAGGGUUUCCUGUACAAUCAGACCAUCAGCCUGACGGAGAGACCGAACCGAUUUCACCAGAGCGGCAGAAAGCAAAGAAGAAAAGAGACAGAGGCCCUGCCAUUUGCCCUGUGUGCAGCAAGGUCUUUGACAAACCAUGCCUCCUGCGGGAACACAUACGGGAGCACGGCCAUCAAUACAGUUGCUCGAGGUGUCAACAGACCUUUGCGGAGGCAGGAAAUCUCGCCAUGCACAUGAAAAUGCACGACGCCGGCCCAUACGUGUGCCAAACAUGCACCAAAGUCUUCCUCAAGGCAGCAAAUUACCGGAGGCACCUCAAGUGCCACGACGAGAACCGCCAGAAGAAAAAGUGCCCUGAAGAAGGCUGCGACAAGACAUAUUCGUUUUCGGGCUGCUUGAACAGGCACAUCAAGUCGCACUACGCAGACUACAGGUGUGGCGACUGUGACAAGUUCUUCAAUCGGGCGGAUUUAAGAGAUCGACACCAGGGCAAGCACUGCCAGAAAGCCCGAGAGCGAAGAGCAGCCGAGGGUUCCUUACUGGUGCGACCUCUAUAUGCGCGGACGGAGCUAUCGCAGGCGUAUCAUCAGGCCGACGAGCAGGUCCAUGUGCCUGUCCGGCUCCAAGCACAACCUCAAGCCCAAGCCCAGAACUUGAUCAUGCACCAGCAACCCAGCACUGCCGUCGUCCAGGGCUUGAUGCCGGAGCACCACCUGAACCCAGUCCAGACCCAGGGCCACGUUCAGGUCGCGACGCCACCAGCUUUACUGCAACAAGCCGCUGCGCAAAUGGGCCAUCAAGCAUUCAUCGGCUCUGGACAGUGGCUUGGAGUUCAGCCAGCGGGUUAUGGCCUUUGA